AUGAGAAACCAUACAACAGUGACAACCUUCAUUCUUCUGGGCCUGACAGAUGAUCCAGACUUACAGAUUGUGAGUUGUUUUUUUCUCUUCCUAAUAUAUAUCUUGAGCAUUGGAGGAAACCUCACCAUCAUCCUGCUUACCCUUCUGGAUCCUCACCUCAAAGCACCCAUGUACUAUUUCCUCCGUAAUUUCUCUUUUCUGGAGAUCUCCUUCACAUCUGUUUGUAUUCCCAGAUUUCUAGUCAGUACCAUGACCAUGGACAAAAGGAUUUCCUAUAAUGCUUGUGUAACCCAGUUGUUUUUUGCCAUAUUCUUGGGAUCAUCAGAGUUUUACCUUUUGGCUUCUAUGUCUUAUGAUCGCUAUGUGGCCAUCUGUAAGCCCUUGCAUUAUGCAAGCAUUAUAAAUAGCCGAGUUUGCACCAAGCUUAUCCUUGGCUCUUGGCUGGCUGGCUUAUUGACAAUCUCCCCGGGACUUAUCAUGGGUCUCCAAUUGGAUUUCUGUGAUGCCAACAUCAUUGAUCACUUUAUCUGUGACUAUGCUCCAAUUUUGCAGCUCUCCUGCACUGACACUCGUGUCAUUGAGCUCUGGAGUUUUUUCUUAGCCUUACUGACACUCCUGGUCACUCUGACUAUGGUACUUCUCUCCUAUGCAAAUAUCAUCAGGACAAUACUGAGAUUUCCCUCCAGAGUACAAAAGAAAAAGGCUUUUUCUACAUGUUCUUCUCAUAUUAUUGUUGUCUCCAUCACCUAUGGCAGUUGCAUCUUCAUAUAUAUUAAGCCCUCAGCCAAGGAAAGAGUGGCCUUUAACAAAGGAGUAGCCAUCCUCACCACUUCAGUGGCUCCCCUUCUAAAUCCUUUCAUCUAUACUUUAAGGAACAAACAAGUAAAACAAGCCUUCAAGACCGUAACCAGAAAAAUGUUUUUCUCAGUUAAAUAA